AUGGCUUCGAACAACUACAACCCUUACAAUUACCCGUACCAACAGAGCUCUGCGCAACAGUACUCUGGAUAUCAAACGGCGCCAGCCACGAACAAUAUCUCCCAGUCGUCGCGCCAGUACCAGUCGACACCUGCCACCUCGCAGGCGACAGACUAUAUGUCAUACCAGGCGCAAUCUCACAACGACCAAGGAAAUGCAUACGGCAGGACUCUAGACAGCGACUGGGGCGGCAGUAACUAUGGUGGCAAUCGGGAAACAACGAGUCGAGCUGCUGAGGUUCUGCGCAACAUGAGCAACACGGCCGUUGCGCCAAGCGACGCGACACCGGUGAGCCAGGCUGGGUUCACUGCAAAAAACGCUCCCACGGCACAGCGUUACUCGAGCAACACUUACCAAGGACACUCGCACCAGGUACACAAAACCCAUGCGACCUCGUCAACGUAUGCGCAAGCGCAAUCGCAAUCGCGGCCUCGUAGUGUGAAUGCCAACCGUGGGCAGACUCCUACUUCUCGUGGGAUUACUUCGCCGGCAAUGGCCAGUGGAUAUCCCUCAAAGCGGGCGGCAACUGCGUUCAAUCAGCAGUCGCAAUACUCUGCGUCACCAGCGCAAGCGCAAGCGCAAGCCCAGUACAAUCACAACUCGCAAACCCCAGCCAGUUCAGCGAGAAGCGCAGCAAUGACGGCGGCUUCCCACUACAAUGAUUACAACAAUCGGCAGCUGCCCACUCUCGACGCCAUACGUAGCGGGACAGCAACUGCCUCUUCGUCGUAUAAUUAUAGUGACACUCAAGCACCAGCUCCAGUCCCACAAGCUCCUAACAGCAAUGCUGCGGAUACAUACAAUCAAGGUGCAACUACUGUGGAUCCAAUGGCCGUCUACGACCCAUGGCCGGAAUACCAACGGAAACAGGAAGCACUCCGUGCGCAGAAAGCCGUCGAAGAUGCCGAACGCGCCGAAGAAGAGCGAAUAGCUGAACAGACGCGCAAACAGGAGGAGGAGAAGAAGGAUGAAGAGCGGAUGCGACAGGAAGAAGAAGAGAGGUCACGGCAGGCAAAGCAGAGCAAGCCGACGCAGAAAAGCCGCAAGUCUCAACAAACAGCACCCGCAGCACCCACUGAGGCUAGCUCUGCCAUUUCUGCUGGUGGUGGUGCAGAGGAUGGUGCAAUGGAAGGAGGUAUGGAAGCUGAGAUCCGGGCUUUGAUGGCGAAGAUGAGGGAGCUAAAUUCAAAGGACCCGGCUAUGCUGGCGCGCAUUUGGGAAGAGGAAAGGCGAGCAAAGGCGCCCAAGUCACCAGUUGUUCCCCUAAAAUCGGCACCCCAAGCAGUGCCUAUAGCUCAGCCGAGUCAAGCAAACGCUCGCCAAGCUGCAAACCAGAGUAAAAAGGUUUUCGCGGUGAGAGAGCCAUCUGCAGUGGUAGUCGCAAAGCCAGCAACUCCCGUUACCACUCAACACUUGGCAAGACCUGCUGUUGCCGCUGCAAUUGCAUCCAACCGGACUGGCGGCAAUACCAUCUGGCCUCCAGAAAAGAAGGUGACUCUGGCGUCCGCGGCGGCUGUCUACUUGAAUGGCCAAAAUCCGCAGAUGCCCGUACAUCCUGACCAAAUUCUCAUCAUGCUUGACGGAAACCCAUCGUAUAUCGAAUUAUGCGAACAACUGGAGAAUAUAGGCAUAAGGCUAGACCGAGCAGCUUUUGCAAAGAAUUUACUCACAGCUGUACCGGAUGUAAACUCUUCGUCUCGAGCUAAAACCGUGCAACUUCCCAGCAACGGAGCAGUUGCCCCAAGUGCGCCGGUCGCGCGUCCAGCUGUCAUGAAGCGAGACAUUGGCACGCCCGCAACCCCGAUCGCGAACUACCCUUCUGCGGCACCAUCUCCUGCAUCACCUUUUCCAAAUUCAUAUCCGCCGGCGGCUCCUAUGGCGGCUCCUGUCGCUGCUCCUGUCGCGGAAAUGGUACCUAUCAAACCAGAAUUAAAGAGACCUGCCAACAAGGAGGAAGCCGCAAGAAAGCGUGAUUUUAGUGACCUUAUUGACUUAACGCAGGCGGACGAGGACGACUUCGGGCCCCCUCCAAAGAGAACGCAUAUUGGGUCAACGUCAUCGUUCACCCCUACUGGCUACAGUCCCCCCAAUUACAUGGACUUGGACGAAGGUCCUGCUACCAGCAUACAUCUUCCAGAUCAUGACAGUCCGCAACCUGUCGUUCACCAAUCUAUUCCGCCGGCGCCGCACGCUCGUGAUCUACGGCACACUGGUGUCGUGGACUCUCUUGACCGCAAGAAGGCUUUGCGUCGUAAUACCUAUAACAUCAAGACCAUCGCGCGAGAUGUAUUAUUGGCGUGUGGUAGACAUCCGGAACAGCGGCAGUUGAAUCAGCAUUUGGAGAUACUGAGGACGACUCUGCCCCAGGUACACCAAGAUGCUGACCUGAGCACGUUACGUUGGGACCUCAUCGACCCCGGAAAGCCACCGCGAGGUUAUUUCAGGGACAGUACCCAAGGUCUGGCCGAAGACGCUGAUGAUGAGGGCUCAGAGGAAGAGGACGAGAACACGCGGUCGCAAAAGUUGUCCCUGCAGUCAGGAGAGAGCACAGACCAGGAGAAGGUCCAAGCGCCACCGCUCGCUGAAGCAAUCAACCCGUUCAAACAGAAGCACAGACGCCCCGGCCGUCCCCCGCGAAGCUCUUUCGGGCCUGACCAAACCACAACACCAUCGACGCCGGCGCGCCCGCCCCCGAAAACAAUGAGUGUAAGCGCACCGCGCGCCACUUCUGCUGGGGUCGGCUACUCCGCCUUCCGUACUGCGACACAGUACGAUGCCAAUGGCAAUCCGAUACCGAAGAAGCGAGGUCGCCCGGUCGGCUGGCGCAAGAAUAUCCAUGGCUCUGCGCAAGCCCAAGCCCAACCAAGCGCAAAUGGACAUACCGUUCCUCGCCCGCUUCAAUUAAAUUCUUCCCAACCGAGUACAAUGCGCAACCCGACUUCGAGAGACAAUGAACCAAUUCGCAUCGACUCCCGCUCGCCUAGCGUUCCAAACAAGACAAAUCGAUAUCAGUCCUUCAAUUGCACGUGGCAAGGCUGUAAGGCGGAACUACACAAUCUUGAUACGCUGAAGAAGCACGUCUCCAAAGUGCAUCGGAGCUCUAUCAAUAACAGCGGCUUUAUCGAGUGUCAUUGGGCGAAUUGCGCCAUGGAGGUGACAAAUGAGGAUGCUAUGACUGGCAUGCGCACUGAGCAGCCCAAACCCAAGUCGUUCACGACACUAGCCAACUGGAUGCAACAUUUGGAGCAGUUGCACUUCAGUCCGCUAUCCUGGGAGCUGGGCGAUGGACCGGCUAGCGGAGUAUCAGAUGCGACUGACUCUGAAGCAUACCUUAGUGAUGCUCAUGGACGUCGUGUAACCCCGAAGCUCACCCCUCGUACAGAUUAUCUCGAAAACAGCCGCGUCAAUACUCCCGAUAGUACUAGUGUUCCAGGGCCUUCAGUAACCCGUGGUCGCGGACGGCCACCGAAGCAUGACGUAGAACAGGAGGCUGGAGAUGUACAAAAGCGGUUGGUUCAGCAGAAAAGGCGCAUUGGAGGUCCAGGAAUGGAUCGCGGAGGCGCAACGCUUGUUAACGAGAAGCGACGAAGAGGCUUCAUCGAGAACGACGACUCGGAGGAGGAGCUCGUCGACGCGGAGGAUUAG